AGUUUCACGUAAAUUCAUCAAAUUCUCAUUCUUUUAUUAUUCCUUCUUCUCUUCUCUCAAAACUCAGAUCCGAAUCACUGAUCCCGUCCCUUUUCCUUCAAAUUCUCUUUUGAUAUAUUCGAACUAAAGAAACACAGUAGCAAACACACAGUCUCUCUCUAUUUCUUUUGCAAAGUCGUGAACUUUGACCAUUAAAAUCAGCUUAAACCACUGUUUCUUGGUGGGUUCUUGUCCACUUUGAUCAUUUAGCUUUGCGGCACUAAGAAAAAUCAAAUCCCGCCUUAGUGAUUGAGUUUGGUAUUUAGUGGGUUAAUCGGGUUCUUGUGAUCGAAAAAGAUGGAUCAAGUGGUGAUCGGUGGAAAGUUUAAGUUGGGUAGGAAACUCGGUAGUGGAUCCUUCGGCGAACUUUAUUUAGGGAUCAAUAUUCAAACUGGAGAAGAAGUCGCAGUUAAGCUGGAACCUGUGAAGACAAGGCAUCCUCAACUGCAGUAUGAAUCCAAAAUAUAUAUGUUUCUUCAAGGGGGAACUGGUGUUCCGCAUCUCAAAUGGUUUGGAGUGGAGGGUGGAUACAGCUGCAUGGUUAUCGACCUUCUUGGCCCCAGCUUGGAAGACUUGUUCAACUACUCCAAUCGUAUCUUCUCUUUGAAAUCUGUUCUAAUGCUUGCUGAUCAAUUGAUAUGCAGAGUUGAGUACAUGCAUUCCCGUGGCUUUCUUCACCGCGAUAUCAAACCUGACAACUUUUUGAUGGGUCUUGGCCGCAAAGCCAACCAGGUUUAUAUCAUCGAUUAUGGCCUUGCUAAAAAAUACAAGGAUCUUCAGACACAGAAGCAUAUACCAUACAGGGAAAACAAGAAUCUUACAGGAACUGCACGGUAUGCAAGUGUGAAUACGCACCUUGGGAUUGAGCAAAGUAGAAGAGAUGAUCUAGAGUCACUUGGUUAUGUGUUGAUGUAUUUUCUACGAGGAAGUCUGCCAUGGCAAGGUCUAAAAGGUGGCACAAAGAAGCAGAAGUAUGACAAGAUUAGUGAAAAGAAGAUGCUUACUCCUGCUGAGAUUCUUUGCAAGUCACAUCCAUCAGAGUUCACCUCGUAUUUCCAUUACUGUCGGUCAUUGAGAUUUGAGGACAAACCAGAUUAUUCAUAUUUGAGAAGACUUUUCAGAGACCUUUUCAUUCGCGAAGGUUACCAGCUCGACUACGUGUUUGAUUGGACAAACUUGAAAUAUCCUCAGACUGGCUCUAGUUCGAGACCAAGGCCAACUCCAAGACCAGCCUUGGACCUCACAGGAUCACCUGCAGACAGAUCUCAAAAACCUACCGUGGGAAAGGACCUGAGAGAAAGAUUUGCAGGAGCAAUAGAGGCAUUCACCAGACGAAAUGUAUCAAGCCAAGGCGCCGCUCAUGGUGAUCGCUCUACUAGAUACAACAGAUCUUCUGAUGUCAAAAAAGACAAGCAAGAGUCUGAUAGACAUCGUUCUUCAUCUCGAAAUGGAAGUAGAGGUGUGAUGUCAAGCAGCAGACCUGGCUCGUCAGCUGAGAACCGCUCAAGCCGAUUGUUUUCAAGUACAACUCAGCGGGUACAAGAGAGCUAUGAAUCCAAGCCAUCAUCUGCAGCAGCUGGACAUGAGGAUGCCAUAAGAAGAUUCGAGCUCCUUACCAUCGGCUCUGGGAAGAAAAGGAAAUGAAGUUAAGAGAGAAAGGAGAAGGCGAUGGUAGUGAAAGACAUGUCCAUGCUUAUAGAGAUUCUCAUCCUCUGAUAAAAAAUGCAUUGUUUCUUACAUUUGGAACAAGAUGAGAGAGAGAGAGAUUGAAAGAGGAUAUUUUCUGCCUCUCCCAAUCUCCCAUUGUCUGUGUGUAACUUGUGAUGAGUACUUCAGGUUCUGUGUUCUAAAGCUUCAGUGUAGAAUGAAAAUAUGAAAACGUAUUGUAAUUGUCAAAGCAUUGAUGAUGAUGUUUUAACAAAUGUGCAAAUAAAUGAAUU